UCGAGGGCGUAUUAUAACGCUUUUCAGAUAUAUGUUAUUCGUGGGGAUCUUGUGCGGGCAAGUUUGUUUGCCAGGACGUCGUACGAGGCGAACGUGGUUUAUCAUGGGGAGGAUUGCCCUGAACCGGCGAGAACGAAGGAAUCUAUUGAGCAUCCGGAAGCAUACGUCAGUUUUGGGACUUCGGAGAGGUGGGACAGA